ACUCACUUGAACCAGGCCGGAAUGUCCAAUGCCAUCACAUUCGACCCCAACCUCUACCAGGCAUACCCGAUGCCUGACAUGUACCAGUUCAACCAGCUCUGGGGUAACCCGAUGAUGCGCCCCGCCCACCAUGGAUUCAACCCCAUCAAUGCCAACCACAACCAUCAGCAUAUGAUGUUUUCUCAGCAGAUGCCCAUGCCGAACACAUUCCCCACCGGCCACCAUGACCACGCUCAGGGCUCGGGCGUGUACCAGAAUGGACAUGGGGCCUAGUUGCGCAACUCGAUGACAUUCCCGCUGGCGGCAUGGGUUCAUCACAAGCCACCAUGGCGGGAACGUUGGGUAUGCGGAUCUGGGGGUUCGAAAGACUCUUCAUCUGGGAUUCGUUCUUUCACUUCUUUCUUUUCAAUUGUUCGAGUAGAUACGCAAUCUUCACUUGCGUCCCGUUCUAUCACCAGACCUCUUCGGGCUCAGGGCGACGUGUGGUGAGCUUUCCUCUGGGAACGACUAGGCUUGCUUGCGAAGCCUCGCUCAAAAGCGUCGGGGCGGAACACGGGGUAGUUGAGAGGGCGAGAAUAGGACACAUGCUGCUAGGCUUGCUUGAUACUUGCAAGCAAGGAAUCAUGGGGAAUGUGGUG